AUGAAAUUCUACAAGUUGUUUUUGGCGGUCCAACUGCCUCUGGUCCUGGCUAGAGCACCGUUGCUUAUGCGUGCCGACAAUGACAGUGUCCCGCAUAACUACAUCAUUACUCUCCGGCCUCAUCACACCGCAACCAACGCAAGAACUUUGCUCAAGACAGCAAUUGCAAAGAAGCUGGCAGGCACCAAGCACCAAGGUAUCUUGAGGACAUUUGGUAGUAUAGAUGGCCUCACCGCUCUUCAUGUGGAUUGUGACCCCAACACACUAGAGGCUAUAAGGAACCAUCCCUCUGUUCAGUCAGUCCACCAAGACGGUUUCGUUUAUGGACAGUUCGUAAUCCCUCGGAUUGUACCCCGAGAUGACCUGGUGGCCGGGCCAACUUGGGGGCUCGGAAGGAUAUCUCAUCGGGAUCCCGGAGUCAUCGGGUAUGACUUCAAGCAGCCGCCACAAACACGCCUCUAUGUCCUUGACACCGGCGUCAGAAUAACCCAUAAGGAAUUUGGUGGCCGUGCCGUCUGGGGCGCGAAUUUUGUUGAUGGGUCUCCUAAUAACGAUGAAAACGGGCACGGAACGCACAUUGCUGCGACAGCCGCGGGAAAUACCGUCGGUGUGGAUAACUCGACGAUAAUAGUCGCUGUCAAAUGCCUCGAUAAGAAUUCUGUCGGUACUUGGUCUGGAAUCUUAGCUGCCAUUGACUGGGCCGUGGGAGAUGCGCAAUCACGUAGCAUCAUUACCCGCUCUGUGAUCAACAUGUCAAUCGGCGGCCCAACCUUCCCGCCUCUGGACGACAUGGUGGCAAAAGCUAACGCAGCGGGCAUGACUAUCGUCGUGGCGGCGUCCAACUACGGCGCAGAUGCGUCCGGAUACUCCCCAGCCCGAUCGCCCGCUGUCAUCACGGUGGCAGCUAUAGACCGAACGGACACACGUCCAUCAUGGUCCAACUACGGCAGCAGCGUCACGGUCUUUGCGCCCGGCGUCGAUAUCAGUAGCGCCUGGUUGAGCUCCGACUCUGCGUACGCGACGCUGAGCGGCACCAGCAUGGCUUCGCCGCACGUUGCCGGCCUAGCAACGUACCUGAUGUCCCGGGAGGGACUGGCGGGUCCGGUGGCGGUGCGAAGGAGGAUGGUGCAACUCGCGACUAAUGGCAGGGUAAUUGGCGCUGAUGGGAGCCCGAAUUUAAUUGCCUACAAUGGCGCUGGUGGACCUUGA